AUGCUACGAGAUGGUUCUCAGUUUCUACAAGUGGACGAGCCGCGAUUCCACACUUGCUAUUCUGCGCGAAUCAUCCAGAUGGCAUGUGAAAAUGGACAUCAUGGCCUCAUCGCCGACGGGUCGCGCUCUCUGCAUACGAAGCACUUGGGAAAUCAUGCGCAGUUGUAUUAUACCCGUGGUGUCUGCAACCAAGAAAUGGACAUACAUAGAUGUUCCGCAAAGGAAACACGUCGAGACUAUAGAGGAGCCUUUGAGCACUUAUUUUCGGAAGCAGCAAUUCAAGCUGCUAAAGCAGUAUUUCCAAUUCGGUUCGAAGGAAGUGCCUUCCACUUGGCACAGGCGUGGAACCGGAAAGAGACCGCUUCGGGUUACGCAGGUUCCAUCAAGGUCAAAAAGGGAUGA